CGUGCGCAAUAGAGAGAAAAAAAAUAAAUAAUUUUCUAAGUCGUGAGAUAUACAAAUAAUGAACAUUAUAUUUUAAUUACUUGUAAUAAUUAACAAUGGCUUUAUUAAAUAUAGUACAGAGAUUUAGACAUAAAUUAAUUAUUGCCAAUACUUGUUUGUUACCAAAAAAUACUUACGCUAUAGGAGUCGGCGGAGCCUUAGGAAAAUUGAAGAGACCCAAAGGUAAAGGUGUAGGAGCCGCUCAAGAAAAAAUAAAACUUCCAGUCGAAACUGACGCACACCGUCUGGUAAAUUACGUCUGCGGGUCAAAUAUUCUCAAGGAAGGUGGCGAAGAUGUCAAGAUAAAACCUGAUUCCGAGUAUCCCGACUGGCUCUGGGAGAUCAACAUCGGGCCUCCCAAGACUCUGGACGAGUUGGACCCAAACACCAAAGCCUACUGGCGUAAAUUACGCAAGACGGCUUUAGUUGAAAAUAAUAAAAAAAUUAAAUAUCGUGUUCUUGAUCCUGUGGCAACAUUACUGUAAUUUUUUAAUCAAUUAAUUAAAUAAAUUUUCAUACAUAACGAA